GUCGCUGUUCCUGAAUCUCUAUUUAUCAACAAUAAUCCACUUUCUCUGUUUGCUUUGAUAUCCAUUCAACCCUUCCCGCCACGAUGUUCAGAAACAAUUACGACAACGAUGCCGUCACCUUCUCUCCACAGGGUCGGAUAUUUCAAGUGGAAUAUGCACAGGAAGCAGUGAAGCAAGGAUCCGUCGUCGUGGGGUUGGUGAAUAAGACACAUGCCGUGCUGGUUGGACUCAAGCGCAACGCAGAAGAGCUCUCCUCGUACCAGAAGAAGAUCAUUGAGAUCGACUCGCACAUGGCGAUCGCCAUCGCCGGCCUCGCAUCAGACGCUCGCGUCCUCUCAAACUUCAUGAAGCAGCAGUCCCUGGGCUCGAAGAUGACCUACGGUCGGCCCAUUCCUCUGGACCGAAUCGUCGCUCAGAUUGGCGACCGCGCGCAGACUAACACCCAGCACUACGGGAAACGUCCGUAUGGUGUGGGUCUGUUGGUGGCCGGUGUUGACGAGGCCGGCCCGCACCUGUUCGAGUUCCAGCCCUCUGGGUUGACACACGAGAUGCUUGCUUGUGCCAUCGGUGCCCGUUCGCAGAUGGCACGUACGUAUUUGGAGCGAAAUCUCGACAAGUUCGAGGACUGCAGUCGUGACGAGCUGAUCCAGCAUGGGUUGAGCGCGCUAAAGGAGACACUGUCUCAGGAUAAGGAGCUUACAGUGGACAAUACUUCUGUUGGUGUUGUCGGUGUGACUAAUGGCAAGAAGGAGAGCUUCAAGCUGUACGAGGGUCAGGACACGGCUGUGCUACUGGAGGUGCUGGAGCAGCGUGAGUCCGCUGGUGCGGAGGGCGAGUCCAUGGAGGUUGAUUCAUAA